GCCGGGCGGCGGAGCGGGCGCUGCCCUCGCUGGCAGUGCUCGCUAAGAUGGCGGACUUCCUGCCGUCGCGCUCCGUGCUGUCGGGCUGCUUCCCCGGCUGCCUGCUCACCAGCGGCGAGGCCGAGCAGCAGCGCAAGUCCAAAGAGAUCGAUAAGUGCCUCAACCGAGAGAAAACCUACGUGAAACGCCUCGUCAAGAUCCUCCUGUUGGGAGCCGGGGAGAGCGGCAAGUCUACUUUCCUCAAGCAGAUGAGGAUCAUCCAUGGGCAGGACUGGGACCGGGCGGCGCGGGAGGAGUUCCGAGCCACCAUCUACAGCAACGUGAUUAAAGGUGUGAGAGUCCUCGUGGAUGCCAGAGAGAAACUUCAUAUCCCCUGGGGAGAUCCUGCGAACCAGAGUAACGGGGAUACGAUGAUGGCGUUUGACACCCGCUCGGUCGCGGUGGUGCAGGGUAUGGUGGAGACGGCGGUGUUCCUGCAGUACCUGCCGGCCAUCCGGGCCCUGUGGGCUGACAGUGGCAUCCAGCACGCGUACGACCGGCGCAGGGAGUUCCAGCUGGGGGAAUCCGUAAAGUAUUUCUUGGACAACUUGGAUAAACUUGGAGAACAAGAUUACCUUCCCUCACAGCAAGACAUCCUGCUGGCCCGGAAACCUACCAAAGGGAUUCACGAGUACGACUUUGAAAUCAAAAACGUCCCUUUCAAAAUGGUCGAUGUAGGUGGCCAAAGGUCCGAACGGAAGCGGUGGUUCGAGUGCUUCGACAGCGUCACGUCCAUACUCUUCCUUGUCUCCUCGAGUGAGUUUGACCAAGUGCUGAUGGAGGAUCGGCAAACGAAUCGCCUGACGGAGUCCCUGAACAUUUUUGAGACAAUAGUCAAUAACCGGGUGUUCAGCAACGUCUCCAUCAUCCUCUUCUUAAACAAGACGGACUUGCUUGAGGAAAAAGUAAAAAAAGUGAGCAUCAAAGACUAUUUCCCCGAGUUUGAAGGGGAUCCCCACUGCUUAACAGAUGUCCAGAAAUUCCUGGUGGAUUGUUUUCGUACGAAACGCCGGGACCAGCAGCAGAAGCCCCUCUACCACCACUUCACCACUGCUAUUAACACAGAAAACAUCCGGCUAGUUUUCCGUGACGUUAAGGAUACCAUCCUUCACGACAACCUCAAGCAGCUUAUGUUACAGUGAUGUGCAAAAAGACGUUUUUAUUUGAGUAACUUUUGUGUGUUGUUUUUGGUUUUGUUUUGUUUUUUAACUAGAAGUUUACAGCAGGAGUAGAGAAAUCCAGAUCCUGUCAGACUUCUUGAUCCGUGGCUAAAAGCUGCUGCUCAACGCAUUAUUGCCAAUUUCUGCAGAAAUUCAGGCUUAAUCUCUUCCAGUGUAGCUUCAAGUUGACUCCAGUUGUAAUGUUAUAGCAUGUAUGUAAAGUGAUAAAUCUGACCUUUUAUGAACAUGUCUAUUAUUAUCCUAGGGGGAAAAAAAAAUCAUUCCACCUUCAGAAUUCCAAGUCCAAACUUCAGCGAAAUUGUUGCAAUUGUUAGACUGUGGCAGUAACUUAAGGGGGAGAGAAACUCUUCACAUCUAACUCUGUUAUGAAGACUGUGAUACCAUAGCUGACUUAUGAUUUCUCAGGUCUAUUGUUGGUUAGAAAUCCCAUAAAUCCCUUGCUGGAAUCAUCUCUUUGAAGCUGGGAUUCCCGGCUGUGACGUACUUCCUGUUGAAGUACCGGUCUUUGCGUGGCGUUUGACUAGGAGAUGGUUUAAAUGUACUUAGGUUGGGAGCUUUGGCCAGUCCUGGCAGGAAGUACAACCGCAGGCAGAAGUCCAGGAAUGAGGAAUUAGUGAAUGGCACAGUACACGGUUUCACUCUACUGCAUUGUACGGACGUCUUGGAGCCAUGGCAAAGCACAGAGCACUAUGAUACGGUCCUCUUGAGAGUCUGAUGUGGGAAGGGGGGAGCAAACUAGUACUUCUCUUCACUAACCAGAUACUACGUGUAGGUACCUUACCCUGUUCUUGAAGCGCUUUAAUAUAGCACUGGUUUAUCUUUACUUUCUUCAUGACUUACAGCGUGCCUCAUCUUAAGCAGUAAGCAUGUGGUGAUGGAUAGAAGGACUUGCAAACCUAAGUGCCUCCUUGUGUUCUGUCCUACGGUAUUUCCAGUGGCCUUAUGUGAGCAUCCGUGUUCCCAGCAGAGGCCUUGUGUAGCUGACACCAUGAAGAUGAAUGUUUCCUGGUGCAGAAAGAACAUGUCACAGCAGAACGUGCUUCAGCUGAUGAGGUUCUUUCUGACACUUCCCGAUUGGGUCUAAGCAAUCCUAAGUGUACUUGAGCCAAAUACGUUGCACAGCGUACUCCAGAGUGCUGCUUGUGACUAAGAGUAUCUUACCAAAAGUUCCAAUGCAGGGUUGGGUUUUGUUGUGUUUUGUGGGUUUUUUAAGGGGAGGGGACGUUACCAUUGCCAUGUGAUUUAAAAGAAUAAGACCAAGUACUUCUUUUGCCCAGAUAAUCCUCAUACAUCACCCAGCACACAUACUGCAAAAGGAGAGUAAGCUUCUGUCACCUUCAAGUGUUUAAAGAGCAGCACCCUACCAGGUUUCCCCCUGGCUGUAGUGUCACGUAGGCAGUUCAGCUGGCCACUUUCCCCAUGGAACAGGCUAAUUCCUGUGGAUCACGAUGCUGGCCAAUACUUUAAAUGAGUUUUUAUUCCCAUAUCCCACACGUGGCAAGUGGUGCGACGUCACGUUCUCUCUGCUUGGAGCAGUGGCCCUGCUAGGACAUAGGAAAGCCGCCUGUCUUCUGAACUUAGCCUUUUACUUACUGUGAUUGUAAGUUGUAUUAACAUCUCUGUACCUCGUUCUCCUGUCAGUAGAAGGAGAAUAGUGUAUUUUUAUUUAGUUAGGUGCUUUGAAAGACCUCUAUUUUUUUAUAUCAUCCAAUGAGUAGUCAUAGCUUAGUCUGCGAUUCCUGCUGUGAGGCACUCUUUUGGGAGGAAGGAAAAGAGCCUGGGAGAAGUCACAGUGCAUUGUCUGAACCUAAGUGUAAAGUCUGGGUGCAACACCGAUGUCAGAAGGAUUAAGAGCAUCUUUAGAUGGGAAUAUUUAAGGUUUUGCCUCCUUCCUGGACAUGGAUACUUCUGGUUUGAUGUGUUCAGGUCAUAUGUGAGCAAUUCAAGAGGAUGAACUAGAGAUAUCAGAAAAGGCUCGUGAGGCUAUUUAAAGGAUUAGACAAGAAGCCUGGAAUGGGAGUCCAGAAGUUCUCCAUUUCCCUCUUUGGAGAAGGAUGAUCUGUUGAGCUAUAAACAUUACAUGAGCAGACAAACCUCUGCAUAGCCUCAUAGGGCAGCGUUGGAAAGCAGAAGUUGAUCAAGUCCAUGCCCUUGUUAGUCAACAAGAGGAGUCGGUUUGGUUUUUCCCUUUGCUGACAGUUGUCUGAACAAAUGUCUUUAUGAGAAGAGACUUCUCUCUGCUCUAAUUACAGUAAUUAACUUGGAGAGGUCUCUAGGAUGUGUUUUGCAGGAUGUCACAGCAGAUGUUGCCAAAAUGACUAAAGACUGGAUAGCAGAUGAUAGGAAAACAAGCAGGAAUUUGUCUAAACAAAAUUGUUUCUGUAAAACAUCGAUGAAUUUGGUGUCAAGGGACCUGCUAAUUUACUAAAGAUCCUCAAAACUGAUGUCAGUCGAAGGGUAUAUCAGUAUCACCAAGGCACUGGGUACUCAGCUAAAGAGGGGAAAACACUCAGCAGGCUUCUCCCCUGACCCAACACCAGAUAAAAUGGUUUUAAUCCUUUUAGAUCCCUUUCCCUGUGAACACCAGGGCUGGUAACAUAGCGAGGUGGCCCCUGCAAUGUUGGCUCACUUCUGGCAAAGCAGGCCCUGGUAGAUAAGCACUAUAUGAAUCUCAGGCACAAACGAGUUAUUUUAAUGAAAUUGAGUCAAAUCACUCACGUUUCCCACUGCCACUUGUGUGGAGGGAUGAGGGAACGGACCUUGCUGUGACUGUUUACAUGGUUCCUCUGUUCACAAGCUAAACUGCACCAACGUUGGCUUUUCCAUCUUCAGCCUUACUCUUCAUUAGCUAACUGAGAAGCACAGCCUGUACUGUUUGUCUCCUUAAAAUGGUUUCUAAAGAUUAUGUCUUUAUAGCAGGACAUCGUUUUGGUACAAGAGCUGAAGGAUUGGUGUUUGGGACAGACCCAUUUUUAUCCUGAAGCAAGCAAAUGGAUCACAGUUGGCUAGUAAAGAGUGGAGCUUGUUCAUGUAAACCAGUCUGUGAUACAAGGUCAGAACAUACUUCUAGUGAAGGGGGGAAAGCAAGUGGAAAAUCAGGUUUCCCCAAACUUCCUUAGUUCUCUUUGGUGGAGUGAUCACUGACCAUAUGGAUUUAUACCACUGUCUUGUACAGCCUUCCUGUACUUGAAGGUGAAAUUGGUGUUUUAGCGACUGUUCCCUGCUGCAGCGUGUUUCGACUGAGUUGAUUCGAUACCUGAAAACUGUGGCUGUUCAUCAGGGCUUUAAAAGUUGUACUUUUUUUUUUUUUUUUAAUAUAUUUUAUGUGGGAGCUUAAGCCAUCAGGUUGUGUAAAACUAAAGCUUUCUUCUAGAAUAUCUGCUCUUAACCAAGUCAGGCGGGUUCAUCGAUCUCAAAGGCUGUAUAUGGGACUCAUUUGUCUAGUAAGUAGCUUCACAUCCCGCCCAGCAGAGCGCCUGGAGCAGCCUGCUCAGGUCGGGCGGGUGUUCCGAGCUUCAUGACACUUGGCUCAUCAUCCUAUUCAUGAUCAGUCCCAGAUAGGUUGGUCCUACCACAUUUGGGAGCACCUCCCUGCUGAAAGCCUCGGAGCCGAGCACGUUCAGCGUGUCCCUUGGCCAUCGGAGCACUCCUCUGGGUAUUCCUCUUUCAGGACGGUUACAGAAGGUUCCUUUCCAACAGUCCCUGCGUCAGCCGGAUCACACGUUUCAUGCCAUACCCAGUGGUUCCCCAGUUCACUGUUUGAUGGUACCAGUAACAUAGUUUGGUUUUGAAUUACACAGCAUUGCAAUCCAGUGCCAUUUUGCAAUUUCUUUGCCUUGUACUUGAACAGAAGUUGAAUUGCAGACUAUUUAAACGCGCUUUCCUGCGCUUCCAGUAGCAGUGAGAGCUUACCUGACGUGAAGCCUUUCUGUAAAAACACCUUUUGUAACAACCUCAUAGAUCUUUAACAAACCCAAGAUUUGUAUUAGCUUUGUAUAAAUGUUUGUGGCUUACAAUUUUAUAUGUUUUAACUUUUUAUAAACUUUCCAGGGACUACUUUGUAUUGUAAAUUGGGUUUCGUCGUUGUUGGUUUUCUCCUUGCUUUAGGUUCAGAUUGGCAAUAAGUUAUUUCUAAGGGAGGUCUUAGAAGAGAAAAGCAUCACUUCCUUUUUAUAAGACGGUUAAAUCGACGAGUUUCACACCUCUUACACUCGCUUGUACAUUGCUCUGUACAUACUCUCCAAGUGUUGCCUUUCAGCUAUUAAUAUUUGCCUUGUGUACAAAAAUUACUGACGAUGAAUAAACAUAUACAGCCUC